CAAAAAUAUGAACGAUUUAAUUAUAUAAUUUAAUGGCGGCAGUUCAAAAUAGAUAUUUUUAUGUUUCAUCAUUUUUGGUAGAAUCAUAAGAAUGUGUUAAUAAUAUUUAUUCAUCCCGGCUCCAGUUGUGAUAGGAUUCUUCGAAGUUCCUUGUGUGAAGACGAGAAGAUGACCAUAAAGAAAGGAAAUGGCAAAUAAUCCCUUCUUUUCCUGCAUCAAACCAGGCAAGCGCUUUACUUACAACCUAGAAUCAAGUAAAGACAGUCCUUUGCCUGGUAGAUAUAGACCUCUCCAGUCGAAAAAUGUAAAUAUGCAGGGAUCGAACAAUGAUUCUCCAAGAGCAAAGAGGAGGAAGACAGAAGACGAUAAAUGGGAUGAUGACGACGAUGACUUUGUGCUGACGCAGGAGAACAUAGCAGAGUUGGACAAAAUGACCCGAGCAGCCUUUACAGGACAGAAGACUACACAUACAGACCCUGGUCCAUCAACCACUCCACUGUCCCUACAUCCAGUUGUCAAGCCACCAUCAGCACCAACAUUCACCCACAAGACUUCCACCCCAGCAGGCAGAUUGACAUUUAAGCCCCCUUUGUGUUCCGGAGUUUCAGAUAUUUCUCUUCCUCACAACUCUGAUUCCAGCUCUUCCAGGAAUUCUAGAUCUACAAUUUAUCCCAGUUCCCUCUCCACUGGCAGGAGGUCCACCAGUUUAUCUUCGCGUGAAAACUCCUCAAGAUCAGCAGGGUCAGAGGAGAUUCCUUUUCAGCCUCCCAACAGGAAGCCAUCAUUGCCCUCCACUAUCAGUUCCUCAACAUCUUCAGAGAGCUUGGGAAUGAGGAGCCCGAUAUCUGAGGGAAUGAGAGAGGAGUUUGAGAUGUACAAAAAUCAGUGUGACCUCCUUAAAGCUGAGAUGGAGUCCAUAAAGCAAGAACUCUAUGUAAAAGAAGGGGAGAACAAAAUUCUGAGAGACAAGCUAACGGAAAAAGAUGCAGAACUCAGUGCGAGUAAGCAACAGAAACUCAAAGUAACAGAACAACAAGUGAAGGAACAGUCCCAGAAAGAAAAGCAACUGAGGGCUGAGAUCCAGAGUCUCAACACACAGCUUCAGUUCAAGGAGAGGGACCUGGCAGAAAUGCGGGAGAAAUGUCGAAAUCUGGAGACCUUGAUGUCUGCUUCUGGGGACUCUGAGGUCCCAUCAACUUCUUAUCAUAGUCCCAAGGUCAGAAAGGUCGUUGUGUCACCCAAGGGAAAGCGAAGUGGAUUCCCGAGCACCAAGUCUUUUAUGGCAGAGGAGGGGUCACAGCAGUCAAAGCCGAGUAUUAGGGAGGAGAGCGUGAUGAAAGAUGUUGCAACAUCUGCAAAUAUCACUGACGAAGCAAAGAAGAAAGGCAGAAGUAGAAAUUUUCAAUUCAAACUUCAAUCAUCAAAUGGCAUAGUCACUGGAAAUCACCUCCUGUCCAAGCUUUCUGAGGCCAGUUUACAAGGCUCUUGUCAGGGCAGCAGUCCAGACAGAGGACUUAUGGGAUUGCUGCAGACUAACCCGCCCUCCAUGGAUCUCCAGGCCUUUCUGUUUGACAGGGACAGCUCCAACCUGCUUUCACCAAUCCCGACCAAAAGAAUGUCCGACAAAAAGGUUGUUACUACUGAUAGGCCAAAACCCAGACCCAUUGUGUCAGCAAACAGUUAUUCCAAGGCAAUGGAAGGUCUACACAACAUUCUAAGCUGUAGUAACCAAUCACCUCUCUUGUCUCUUCUGGAUCUAUCCCAUAGCAACCUAUCCAGUAACCAAUCAGAAAACUCAUUACAAACACUGGAACCAUCUUCAGAAAGUCAGAGUGGACUUUUUUUUGUAUCUUUACUAAAUGACUACUUGUCUCAUUACAUUGAGAUGAUGAACUGUUAUGUGGAGAGAGGUCAAAGUUUACUCAGUCCCCAGAGCUCAUCUUCAUCUUCAUUCGGACCUUCCAGCUCCUUAGAUAGUUCCACUGGCUCUUUGACUAGUUCCCUUAACGUUCUGUUACGAGAUGGAGCAGCCUAUGCAAAUACUUUAGAGUCACAAGCUCUUUGUGCUCUCAACAUUUUACACAAACUUGUCCUGUAUUGUGAUGCAGUGAGAGAUACUUUAUUGUAUUCAGAUGACGUUUUAUCCGACUCCAGCAUAUCCAGUUUUGGCAAAGUAGAGGAAGAAAUGGACACGGACAACCCACCGUCCUCCCUGAGCUCUCUGACCGGUAGUGACAGUGGGGUGGACAGCCUUCGACAGAGUGUACUGGACUGUCGUCUGCUAGCCAAGGUCUUCAGACUGGCCAAUCCUGGCAAAGCAUCUAAUGAGAAGGGGGAACCAAAUAAAUACAAUGAAUGGGUUGUAUACAAAGCAUUGAAGAUCAUCAAAGUCCUUUGUGAGAAGUGCAGAGACGACCAGCUAACUCAACUUCUUCCUGUGCUAAGAAAAGGUGUACUAUCCAAUUGUUUGAGGUGUGCUUCAACCCCAAUAGUAGUCCUGGGAGGACUUGAGGUCAUGUGUUCGCUGGCUAAACAUGAGAAAGCUGUUCUGGCAGCCUGUUCCUGCCCAGGUCACUGUGUAUUUCUUCCGAUGUAUCAGCUGUGCUCCUCACCAGUGUCCACUUUAACUGAAGAGUUUCUCGUGGAAUUUGCAGCAAAGGUUUUGAGAUGUCUGACCAGUACAGGAAGCCAUAGUAAAGCAGGACUUAAUCUUCUGCUGGACAUGGAAUGUAGCUCACAGCUGCAGAAAGCGGUAGUGCUUCUUCUUCAUAAGGUUUUAUUGCAAUACCAAACAAAUCAAUCUCCAAAUGCCAAAAGAGUUCUUCAGAAGGGGACAUUACUUCUACAUAACCUCAGCCAAGUAGAUGGGCAGUUUGAGGAACACCACUACAUAGUGCAGCAUCAGUAUGUGGAGCUGAUCAGUGGCCUCAACUCCAUGUUUAAACCCACAGAUUACGAAAAUGAAAGAUGUGCUGUUGCGGAACUGUGGUAUUUUGGUAGAGAUGACUCGGAUUCCUCUCAGGAGGAUGAAGAUGAGAUGGAGAUUAGCUGAUAUUGGUCCAAAAGAUUAAAACAUUUAGAGACAUUUUAUUUUUGUUUUGUUUAAGGCUCUAUAGAUAUUUGUUGAAAUAAAUGAAUGAACACAGAUAAA